CCGAUUUUGUGAUUUUCGAUUAAAAAAAACAGCAUACGUAAUGUGUGCCCGGAAAAUGGAAAAUUCGGUAGCCCCUUACCGGGGGAGCUGUAAAUUGGACACCACGAAGACAAUCUGAAGAAAACCAAGAGAAUCUCUCUCUCUCUCUCUCUCUCUCUCUCUCUCUCUCUGUGUCCAUGGAACAGUUAACUGAAAAGAGUUUGGUCGAUGCGUUCCGAAUCUAGACCCCGCAGAUUCUCCCAAAUCCGCCUUUAUGGGUUGUAGCGUGGGCUUCCACCAACACAUUUAAGUGGUGGUAAGUCUCCCCCCCAACUUCCUCCCUGACUCGUGUGUAAUCAGGAUCCUUGUACACAGGGAAAUCCUCCAGCUGGAAACCUGGAAUACUUAGCGAACAAUAGAGCUGCUGCUUUCCAAUUGACCUCUUCUUUACCGCCUAUCCGUGAACGUAAGAUGGAUGACCGUGGGCAACAUGAUAAUGGGAGGCAUAGGGUGGAUUUCUACCAUGGUGUGCACUCUCCGUGGAACAUGAUGCCCCAGUAUCAGAUGAACGAAGCAAAUGCCUUAUUCAUGAAUAAGAAGAUUAUGCACAUCACUGCAGAGAAAGAUGCUGCUAUUGAUGAACUGAACAGGGCAGUAUGUGACAAGAAUGCAGCCCUAGAGGAGCUAAACGGGGCAAUCAGACAGAGAGAUGAAGCAAUUGCUGCUAGGGAUACUGCACUCAGGGAGCGAGACAGUGCAAUUGCAGCCCUUCGAUUCCAGGAAAACUCCAUGAAUGGUAACCUGGGUUAUUCAAACCAACGCGGAACAAAGCGCACAAACCAUCCUGUCAGAGCCUCUGAAGCUGAUUAUAAUGCAAAGGAAGCACAAAUAACUAAUGCCAUCCCAAUAUCAGUUGUGUCGUCGGAAGAUGUCAAGGCGAAAAGACCAAAGGAGAAAAAACCAGUUUCAUCACCCAAGAAACCUAAAUAUCACAAGAAAGGAAAGAAAGUGGGUGACGAUUUGAAGGAUUUGAAUAGGCAUGUCACUACAGAUGGGUCAAAAGCCGAAUGGGAAGCUCAGGAUUUAGGGUUAAUCAAACAGGUUGAUUUUGACGAGUCUAGUAUGGCACCACCUGUUUGUUCAUGCACCGGAGUGCUUCGGCAGUGCUACAAGUGGGGGAAUGGGGGUUGGCAGUCAUCUUGUUGCACCACCACGCUGUCGGAAUAUCCGCUCCCUCAGAUGCCAAACAAACGUCACGCGCGAAUGGGAGGCAGGAAGAUGAGCGGAAGUGUCUUCACCAGAUUGCUUAGCCGGUUGGCAGCAGACGGCCAUGAUUUGUCAUUCCCGGUAGAUCUCAAGAACUACUGGGCCAAACAUGGAACAAAUCGCUAUAUUACCAUCAAGUGACUCAUCAACGUCGUUAAUUGUCCUUAGGGUUAUGAAAUUUGUAUUGCUUGCUGAGCCCACUUUAGUGAUGUUGCCUACAACUUCAUAAAAUGAAUGAUGGAGAUCCAGUACAAGGGUCAGUUUUCAAAGCAGCUUUGGUUGACGUAGGAACACUUUGAAUCAUGUGAUUGAAAACGUGUAUCCCCAUCUUAAAGGAAAUUUGUGGGCAGUUGGAAUUUAUGUAAAUUGCUGACUGGUUUGCUAGAUGAAGGUAAUUCUUUUGUUUUUGCAGCA